AUGGCGUCUCCAUACGACACCCUUCUCUCUUACGCACAAGCCACAAGCCAGCUUCGGUCAAAGACGGCAUCCGGGCUUGACUGCUCCCAGCAACAACAAGUUCUCGAUUCGUUCAGAGUUUCCUACACCAGCCUAUCCGCCUUUAUCCAACCCAGCUCCAAGCCGGCUCUCAGUACGCCCGACCUAAGCACAGUCCUCACCCAUGGCUCCCUCCGGGACUUUGCCAACAACUUCGCUCUCCCUAGCAAGGCUCUUGAUGUGCAACAAAGGGGUAAACUGACCAAGCCCAUUGUUUGUAUCGCUCUCACCAAUGGCCCUGUCCUCGCUGCAGUUUGUCUAGCCGUAGCAAACACAUGCAUUGCUUCACCAGUCAACUGCGAUAAGGCCGUUGGGGCUGAACAGUUUCGUGCUGAUGUACGGCAGACGGGUGCUUCAGUCAUAUUGACCUUCGCAAAGGAUGCGGAGCGGUUGGGACUUACGGGCCCUUCAUCAUGGACGGCCCUGGAAGGACUAACAGUGUUGCUGGUUGAGAGUGACCUCGCUCAGCGUGGCCAGCCUACACGAAUUUCCAUCAGAGACUUGACCGGACAGCUAGUCACGCCCCAAGCAGCAGGCUGCUCCCAGCCAGCGCCAAACGGGACAGACGACGUAGCCAUCAUCUUGUUCACCAGCGGUACUUCAGGUACCAAGAAGCUUGUUCCAAUUACCAUCCAGAACAUUGCUGCUGGCGUAGCCUUUGUCAUCGACUCGUGGGGGUUGACGCCAGAUGAUGUCUGUCUCAACAUGAUGCCCUUGUUUCACAUUGGCGGCUUGAUUAGAAACAUCUUCUCGCCCAUAUUCUCGGGUGGGUCCGUCAUCUGCUGUUCGGCCUUUGAUCCGACCCUCUUCUGGGAUGUUGUGCAGGACCAUGGGGCAACAUGGUACUAUGCUUCGCCGUCAAUGCAUCAGAUGAUUCUAGAUCAAGCGGAGGACCGACCCGAAGCGCUUGCUAAGAGCAGAGUCCGAUUGGUGUGUAAUGCCGCUGGUGGACUGCUACCUGCCUUGGCUGUUAAGCUAAAAGAGACUUUUGAUGGGGCAAUUGUGCUGCCGAGUUAUGGAAUGACUGAAUGCAUGCCUAUCUCAACCCCGCCAACAAAUUACAAACUGGACAAGCCCGGCACUUCCGGUAUCGCCGUCGGCCCUGAACUUGCCAUUCUCGACUGGAACAACAUCCAUCAACCUUCCGAAACCGUGGGUCGUAUCUGUGUCCGUGGUGAGCCCGUCUUCCCCGGCUAUCUCACUGCAGAGGGCCAGUACGACAGCAGCACCUUCACUCCAGAUGGGUGGUUUGAUACCGGUGAUCUUGGUCGCCUCUCCUCGGACGGCUACCUUUUCAUCACUGGUCGCAGCAAGGAAGUCAUCAACCGCGGUGGCGAGAUUAUCUCACCCUUCGAGGUUGAAAACGCCAUCAUUGCUGCCGCACAGGACCCCGAGUCACCAAUCUUCAACCGGGUUUCGCGAGCCCUUUGUUUCUCUGUCCGUCACGAUGUCCUCCAAGAAGUCGUUGGUGUUGUGCUAGUCACGCCUCCUGGCGCUCAGCGUACUGAUACCAGGCAACUCCAUCAAGCCCUGAAGAAGUCGUUGCAACAGGCAAAGUGGCCUAGCCUCAUUGUCUACAUGGAGGACGUGCCUAAGAGCAACAACAAGGUACUACGCAUCAAGUUGGCGGACCGCCUGGGCCUUCCCGAGCUGACGGAUGCUUCUCGCUACUGCGAUGUCCACUACGAAGCUACCUGCCCACCUCCCAACACGCCCCUGUCAGUUAGCAUCUCCUCGCUUCUUUGUAGCAUCGAUGAAACGACCAUUUAUUGCAGCAUAACCGCUCUUUUGCCCUCGGAAAUCGUCCAUCGCGUGCAUCAAAACCCUCAAUCCGGCGGCUUUGAAGUUUACAUCGCCCCUAAGGAGGAGAUUUCCGAUGUCAGCGAGCUGUACAAGGUCAUUGACUCGCUCAAGUCCAAGCUGCCCUCUCUGGUACCCGGCUAUCUUGUCCCACACCGUUUCCACAUCCUGCAAUCUCCUCUACCGGCAAAACUCGGCACUACACCCACCCGUGAAGCUCUCGAGUCCCUUCUUUACGAGCAGAACAACCGCCCAGGAACCGGUGACUCCUCGGCCUCGGGCAACACGGCUUCACAGGUAACCCGCAUCAUGGCCUCCAUUCUCGGCCUCUCGGUCCACGAAAUCACUGCCGACGCCGAUUUCUUUGACCUAGGGGGUGACUCCCUUCGGGCCGGUAGGCUUUUGUCUGCUCUCCGUUCCGAGUUCGGUCUCUCACUACCCAUCGAUCUCGUCUUCCGCGGCGGCUCCGUUGACGCCUUAUCGGCAUUCAUCGACGAGAAGCUUGCUUCCCGGCCCAGCUCGGCAUAUACCUCCUACAGCGACACCACCCUAUGUGACUCUGACGCGGAGCAGCAGGCCAGAUGUGAAGGACUGCCGACGCCCAUCAAGACCCACAGCUCUACGAACCCAUUCCUGAUGGUGCUGCAACUGGUGCCCAUGGCGAUUCUGUACCCCCUUAGGCGCGGGGCGCACUGGGCUAUCUUCUUGCUGACACUGGCACACAUGGAGCGGUGGUCGACGAGCAGAUGGCCUUUUGGCCGGUUGGUCAACAUCGUUACAACACUGCUCUUUGCGCAGUUGGUCAUGUCGGUUGUGCGGCCCAUCUUUGGCAUUCUGGCCAAGUGGUUGAUCAUGGGCCGAUACAAGGAAGGAGUAUAUCCGAUGUGGGGAUGGUAUCAUACUAGGUGGUGGUUGACGCAGAAGGUGAUUGCUUUGACUGGACAGGGCAUUUUUAGGCACCACAACUACACAAUUGUUUGGUACUACCGUCUCCUGGGUGCCAAAAUCGGUAGCGGCGUCGAACUACAUGAUUGUCAGCUGGGUGAAUACGAUCUCUUAACCAUCGGCCCCAACGCCUUUCUCGACAAGUGCAUCGUCCGCCCGUUCGGCGCUGAAGCCAACACGUCCAUGUACCUAGGCAAGAUCACCAUCGGUGCUAACGCCUCCGUCGGUCUUGCCGCCAACGUGGCUCCCGGCACUCAGGUCCCUGACGGUGCUUGCAUCGGUCCCAACUCGUGCAGCUGGGAGUUGAACGAUGCCACGGAGGCCAACCGCGAUCUAUCCGUCCACCGCACUCCGCGGCCGCACUGGGCCUUGACUCUGUUCUUGACCAUUCCGCUGUACGGUCUUGUCAGCUUGGUUGCCGGUGGCCCGUGGCUGCUUGGUAUGGUCGGGCUGGUUGAGGGCAGACCCCCGCGGGCCGUUGCUCCACUGCCGGACAUCAUCACCUGGUGGGCCGGCAACGACCGAAUCGGUUAUCACUAUCUGGCUGUGGGCUUGGGCGUGAUGUUCGGUCCGUUUUUUGAGUUUGCCGCUGUGAUGAUCAUCAAGACGCUGUUGGAUUUGAUGUUUGGCAAGCUGAAGCCGAGCAGCGCUAAGGGUCGCGGACAGAUCGAACGCUGGAGACUGGAUUUGAUGAGGACAAUCUACCCGAACAGGUCGCUGAAGAAGUUGACUGGCUUGUUUGGUCAGCAUUAUGAAAUGACUUCUGUUGUCCUUCGGAUGCUUGGGGCCAAGAUUGGUAAGCGUGUUUACUGGCCUGGCACUGGACCCGGCAUCACGGACUACCAUCUUCUCGAGGUUGGCAACGAUGUCGUCUUUGGAUCUCGCUCGUAUCUUGUUACCUCUGAUGGUCUCGGCUCCGAGCCCAUCAAGAUUCGUGACCGCGCUAUGAUUGCUGAUCGUGUGGUUUGUCUCCCUGGUGUGACUGUCGGCGAAGACACGGUGCUUGGAUCAGGUGCACUCACCCGCCGAAACAAGGAGUAUGUCGCCAACGGAGUAUACGUCGGUUCCAAGGGUGGCGACUCUCUCUGUCUCUCAACCGGCGCAGCCCCCAAAGGUGGUGACAAGAGCCGAGUCUCCCGACGCAACGCCCGUGCAGCGCAACAUCCUGCUCAGACCCAGGAGGAAAAACCUUCCAUCGAAAGCGUACCCUACCCCCAAGGGACCAACGACCCCGAAGAAGGUCGCAGCACCCCUAGCAUUCCCAUCACCCGCUCUGUCUCUGACAUUCCCGGGGACUUCACCCAUUCCGGUUCCGAAACCGAAGCCGAAGACCCUGCCAGCGACCCCGCCGUGAAAAGCACUCCCUUCGGCCGCGCCUUCUACCUCGGUCUCGCCCCUUACCGUGUCUACUCUCCACUCACCAUCACCGCCUACUCCAUCUUCAAUCGCCUUUUUACAGCCCUGUACUGGACCGCCCCCUCCAUCUCCACCAUCCAAAUCAUCAACGUCUUCAGCGCCCGCCACCCUGACCACCCCGUCUCGCACGCCAUCCUCUCGCAACCCAUGGCCCUCUUCGGCCUCUUAACCGCCGUCUUCGCUGUCUUCAACACCUUACUUGCCUUCCUGUCUCUCCUCAUUACCAUCGCCGCCAAAUGGAUCCUCCUCGGCCGCCGCCAACCGGGCACUCACUCCUGGGACCUUUCCCCUUACUGCCAGCGCUGGCAACUCCUGCUAUCCAUCGAACAACUCCGCCGCUCCUGCUUUGCGGGCCAGGGCGUGUUGGGGAUGCUCACCGGCACGUGUUUCACCGUGACUUAUUUCCGGGCUUUGGGCGCCAAGAUCGGGAAAGACUGCGCUUUAUUUGUCAACGGCCGGCCUUCGCUCGUGUUUACCGAGCCGGAGUUGUUAGUGCUGGGAGACAGGGUGACGGUGGACGAUGCGAGUCUGGUGGCGCAUAUCAAUACCAGAGGUAAGUUCGAUUUGAAUAGGUUGAAGGUCGGAGAUGGGGCGGUGUUGAGGACGGGGAGCAGGUUGUUGAGCGGGGCGGAGAUGCAGAGGGAUGCGUGUCUGCUGGAGCAUACGUUGGUUAUGGGUGGUGAGACGGUGAAGGAGGGGGUUACGGUGCAGGGGUGGCCGGGGGAGGAGUUUAGGAGGGUUGGGAGGAGUAAGAAGAAGAAGAAGAAGAAGAAGAAGAAGAAGAAGAAGAAGAAGAAGAAGAAGAAGAAGAAGAAGAAGAAGAAGUGA